AGUGCAGCUCCCAGGGUUAGCAACGUCAGUGGCACUCUGACAAGGAGACAAGCUGGGGACAUGCAGAGGGGAGGUCAGAGCACAGAAACUUUACAGCAAACCCGACAGCUGGGUUACACACAGAGAGGCUGCAACUGGAGCAAAGAAUCUACCUGGAGGAGAAGGGAGUCUAUCUUCAAAACAGAGAGGCAACUGGCACAGACUGCAGACCACCAGGAAAUCUGGGCUGCUAACGUGUGGGACGUUUGAAUAUAAAUGAGAAUAGGAAUAAUUGCAAAGCUGCACAAUGGCAGCUGUUCUAGUUAAACUCCUCUGAACUGAGUGGUUGCAGCUUGGAAGCUGCAGCUGGAUUCCCACCCCUCCUGUGCAGCAGGGAGUGACUUGCUCAGGGUGAAACACUGUAUUUAACAACAGCAGAGAGAGAGAGAGAGAGAGAGAGAGAGAGAGAGAGAGAGAGAGAGAGGGACGAUACAAGCAGGACAGAGCAGAAAGCACACCGCCGUGCCACCGACACAGAGGGGAAAGCAUUCCAGUAAAGUGAAGAGAACUGCAAGAGAAACAACAAACCUCGGCACUGCUGCUGUCCUUCAGGGGGCUGGAAUAGGAUUUGAACAUUAUUGUUUGGGGAACAAAAAGAAGGAGCAGGCUUGUUUCUUUUUUUUAGCCACAUUCUGGCUGUGUAAAGGCACUGAUCAAUAAUUAUUUCUGAGUUUCUUUGCAGUGCCUCUUUGCCAGAGGCUGCUGUCUGGCUAAUCCCAGCUUCUCUCUGCUGACUUGCCUCACGCUGCUGCCAGUAGCCAAGCCUCUGCUCUCCCUCGGCACUCUGCAGAGCUCAGCUGCGUUCCAAUUGAAACCUCUGCUGGCGACUCCAAGGGGUUCAGAGGUCAGCUCUGUGGGUCCAGAGGCGGCCCUUUCCAGCUGUGCCUCUAUUUGUGGGAUCUCAAUUGACGGGGAGAAUCGUUUCCGCAAGGGGCUUGGGAACAAUCCAGAGCUGUGCACUGAUUUUUGGGAAAAGGGGUAGUGGUAAAGUAGCCUGUCAUCAUUCAGUUGCUGUGUUGGCUGAGCUGGGAGCGUGACUUCAAGUGACUGUCAUUGCUUCAGGAUCCCUACAACCGGACCAACUUCUAAACUUGUUCUUGUGCCCUCGCUGUUUCCCUGGUCUGUUCGGAGAGACAUGUGCUGGAACGGUGUGCUCCGAGGAGGGAGGCAGCAGUGGAGCUGUGGAAAGACCCUGCUGCUGGCUCAGGUGCUUCUUUUAUCCAGUGUGGGACUCCCUCCCACCUCUGCAUGGAGGCCCUCCCAGCCCAGACUGCACUUCACCUUUACAGAGCUGGUGCGCAAUGGCAGGAUGGUGCCUCUGCCCUUCAGUGCUGGGGAUUUGCACUCCAUCAUCGUUGACGAAGACAGCAGGAAGCUGUACGCUGCCACCAAGGACCACCUGGUGUCCACGAAUCUGGACAACAUCAGCCACGGGAUUAAGAAGCUCUACUGGCCAGCAACUUCUGACCGCAUUGAGGAGUGUAAGAUGGCAGGGAAAGAUCCAGAGCUGGACUGUGCCAAUUUCCUGCGGGUCCUUCACCUCUAUAACCAGACCCACCUGUAUGUGUGUGGGACGGGAGCCUUCCACCCGCGCUGUGCCUACAUCCACACUGCCCUCUUCGACCGGAGUGAGAGGCUGGUCCUGGGCCCAGGGCAGACAGAGUGUGGGAAGGGGAAGUGCCCGUACGACCCGCGACAGAGGACAGCCACCGACAUGACCGACGGAGAGCUCUACGCUGGUAUUUCCUCGGAUUUCAUGAGCAGGGACACAGCGUUCUUCCGGAGUCUGGGAGCCCGUCACGUGAUCCGCACAGAGCAGUACGAUUCCAAGUGGCUGCAGGACCCCAAGUUCGUGAAGGUGGCGUCCAUCUCGGAGAGUGACAACCAGGAGGAUGACAAGGUGUACGUGUUCUUCACGGAGCGUGCUCAGGAGGCAGAGAGCGGCGGAGGCAAGGUGGUGUACUCCCGCGUGGCACGCGUCUGCAAGAAUGACAUUGGCGGGCAGCGCAGCCUGGUGAAUAAGUGGAGCACGUUUCUCAAAGCACGCCUGGUGUGCUCCAUCCCCGGGGUGGAGGGGAUCCAGACGCACUUUGACGAGCUCCAGGAUGUCUUCAUUCUGCAUGGGAAAGACAAGAAGAACCCAUUGAUCUACGGGCUUUUCACAACAUCCAGCAACGUGCUGAACGGCUCGGCGGUGUGUGUGUAUAAAAUGGAGGACAUCGUGACAGCGUUUAAAGGGCAUUUCUCACACAAGGAGGGUCCGGAGUACAAGUGGGUGGAGUACACUGGCAGAGUGCCCUUCCCACGGCCUGGCACAUGCCCCAGCAGCACAUAUGGGAACUACAGGUCGACUCGCGAAUACCCAGACGAUGUCAUCUUCUUCAGCCGCACGCACCCGCUGAUGUUUGAUGCCGUGUACCCUGUGAAUCGGCGCCCUCUGUUGGUCAGGAUAGGGGUGGACUACAAGUUCUCCAGGCUGACCGUGGACCGCGUGGAGGCCGUGGACGGGCAGUAUGACAUCAUGUUCAUAGGAACAGAUACGGGCGUGGUGCUGAAAUCCAUCUAUCUGACAAAAGGACUCCAGGAAGCUCAGGAGAUCACCCUGGAGGAACUGGAGGUCUUCCAGGACAAAUCUGCAAUCACUUCGAUGGCUCUGUCCCAGAAAAGGCAGUGGCUGUACGUGGGUUCACGGGGCGGGCUGGCCCAGCUGUCUCUAUACCAGUGUGAACUGUACGGGAAGGCAUGUGCCGAGUGCUGCCUGGCUCGGGACCCCUACUGCACCUGGGACGGGACGUCCUGCAGCCCCUUCAUCCCCAUCUCCCGCAGACGGAACGCCAGACAGGCUGGAGGGAGUGGAAAUCCGCUGGUCCAGUGCUACAGCCAAGGAGCUGCCAUGCAGGUGAAGCCGGAGGAGAAGGUGAUGCUGGUGGCAGAGGGAAACGGCACCUUCCUGGAGUGUCUGCCGAAAUCACGGCACGCCAUGGUCACCUGGCUGCGCAAGGGCAACCAGACCAACCAGGAGCUGGAGAAGGUGACGGCAGGAGAGCAGCUAAUCCUGAUUGAACAGGGGAUUCUGAUCCGCCGGGCUGAACCAGCUCACUCCGGAACCUAUUACUGCCAGCUGGAGGAGCACGGCUUCCGCUGGACCGCCCUGAGGGUGCAGCUGACCGUGAUGAGCCCCGAGCGAGAGGGGGGCGCCUGGGAGCACCCCCCCGCCCCCAUGAGCCACGGACAGCAGCCCUGGUACCGGGACAUCAUGACCCUCAUCAACUACCCCUCCAAGAUGGAUGACUACUGCGAGCAGGUGUGGCGCAGGGAGACCAAGAAGAGAAAGAAGGAUAAGACCCGCCCCGGGUCCAUCAGAGGGAGUAGCAAUGAGAAGCUGAAGUCAGGGACGCCGGGAGGGAGGAAGAACAGAAGCAAACUGCAGCCCAAGUCCCUGAGAUCGCCUCGCAGCACCUAGCAGCGUCAGCGCCGGUGUGAACGCCAGUCACGCUGCCUCUUGAUAUUCAGCAAUUCAAAAAAACAUUCUCCCGCUGCAAAAACACACUUCUCCAGGAGACAGCAAUGGAGUGCAGCACACAGACUGAAUAGAAGUAGGGGGGCCAUUUAUUUAACCCCCCCCCCCCCCGCCCCCUUUACUUUUUAAUUUAUUUUGUAACCUUUUUUUUGGUAUUGUUUUAAUGGGACCGCCGCAGUGCUUUGUGUCAUCCAGUGGCUGAUCAGCACGAGAUGGACUGAGGACACUGAUUCAGCCCGCUUCAGCUGCUUCGCUCAAUAAGGGGUUAAGAGAAAGCUUGCACUAGUAUCACAUUUCAAAUGUGUCAGUGGCUCCCAACACAAGGAGAGCAGCCAUUACUUUUGGUUUCUGGGGCUGGUGCUGUAUUGAGUCUGGGGGUUGCACCUUUCAUCUGCAGUGAAAGAUUAACUACGGUGUAGGGAAGCAUGGUAGAAGAAUAGUCAAGUGUAGAAAAGCAUGGUGAAGUGUGGUAGAGCAUUGGUACAAAACAUGAUGAAGAAGCUGGAUGAAGAACGUAUCACACAAUGAACACAGACAAAU